CCGGAGAAAUUUUCCGAUCAUUCAAUCAGCGGCGGAAGAGAUGUCGGUGCACAACCGCGCGACGGCGGCGGUCCUGGCACAGUUGAUGUUCGCGGCGGACGGCGUAUUGUUCGGCGUCGGCGUCGCCUACGUGGCGUAUUGCAGCAUCCGAAAUUACGCGGCCAGUGCGUCCGCCCUCCGAAAAAUUCGCGACGCGCCGUCGAUCUUGCCGUCCGAUCUCCGGUCGAUUCUCACCGACGGCGAUGAUUCUAGUAGCUCCGAUCCAGACGCCGGAGAAUCGUCCAGCUCGAAUGGGGGCGGGAGAUUGGUCAUCGUGAGGGGUAGUGUGGAGGUGAAAUCGGCGGCGGAGAAGGCGAAUUGGAAGGCGUUGAUGGGGAAUGGUUUAGUCUCUUCGAAUGCUUCUGGUGAAAAGGGGGUGAUAUUGCAGACUACUCAAACCUGUAUAUACAAUGAGUGGAAGGGGGUUUUUGGAUGGACUACUGAUCUGCGAAAUACGAUUGCUGGAUCGUUGAAAAAGCAAGAAACAUCGUCUACGAGAAUGGUUCCUUUCAUUCUCGUUGAAGGUGAGAAAUGGCCACAAUCUGAUUAUGUUGUUGUCAACAUGGAAGGAUCAAAUCAUCCGCUGCCUCUAACAACAGUUUAUCAGCACUUGCAGCCUAUAACUGCUACUCCUUACACUUUCCUGCAGGCAAUUUGUGGUCUUGAAUAUCCCGUUGGAAUGCUCUAUGAGGAAAAAAUCCUCCCUCUUGGGAAGGAUAUAACUGCUGUUGGAAUUUGCAGUCUAAAAAACGGGGGGUUUGAGAUAAAAUCCUCGAAAGAUCUUCCUUACUUCCUGUCCGCAUUGACCAAAGAUCAACUAGUGGCAGAUCUUUCCUUCAAGACAAAAGUGUUAAUGUGGAGUGGACUUGUUUUUGGUACCAUUGCUAUAGGUGUCCUUGGCUAUUCUGUUGCGAGGAACUGGACUAAGUAUAAAGAUUGGAGAAGCCAACGGCGAACUCAGCAGCAAAAUAACUCCACUAGGGUUGCCAGCGAAUCUUCGAAUGAAGAAGUCUUGGGUGAAGAAGCUGAAGCAAUUCCCGAUGGUGAGCUCUGUGUCAUUUGCCUCACGAGAAGGCGUCGCUCUGCCUUUGUCCCCUGUGGGCAUUUGGUCUGCUGUCAGCGCUGCGCCCUCUCUGUCGAGCGUGAUAUAGCUCCAAAGUGUCCCCUAUGUAGACAGACGAUCCAGAGCUCCGUUAGAAUUUACGAUUCGUGAUGCCUGCCAGAUUUUGCAUAGAGAUAAACUGCAUCUGUGUGAUACUUCAGUGUACUAACCGUAGUCUCAUCAGAAAAGUAUCGAGAAUUUGACAAAAUAUCUGUAUAUAUACUAAUUUUUGUGAUAGCUUAUCACAUUCAUCUUCUUAUC